AUGAAUUGUUCUGGUAUACUUUUGAGUUUUGGUCACAUCAAAAGCGUCAUCGUUUUACGCAAAGCUUUUUUAUUAGGAGACGAGUUUACGUAUAUAAAAGCAUUCAAUUUCGUUUAUUCUCAAGUAGUUGCCAAGAGACCAUAUUACAAGUGUUCACAUAUGCUAUUAAUGGGAAAUGUCAUAAGGGAACUUUAG